AGUCAUGAUAUUGAGAAGAAGAAACAUCACUUGUGAUGGAGGCAGGAUAUUUUACAGUUUAACUUUAUUGUCCAAAAUGACAUCAGUGAGAAAAACAAACUUCACUGACAAUUAUAAGACUUAUUCUACAGCAUUUGUUUUGCAUUUUGUUCUGUCUGAAUAAAGUUUUCAUAACGACAUCUGAUCGGUCAAAUAUUUUGGCCAGUGUUUUGGGGGCAGCAGGAGUAUUUAUAUAAAGUUAUUAAAAAGCUUCAUGUACCUUUAAGACAGAACACCCAGAACACAAAAGUACCUGUUUCCUCUCACCUGGAGAGAGAUUUAUUAAUGUACGUAUGUCAGAACUGAUUUCUUUCUAAUUUCUCCUAACCGCAGUUUACCUGAGAUGGAUGCCAUCCGUGUUUACCACAAGUAGAUACAGGUUCCCUUCUUCACAGUGACUAAAUGUAGUUCAGUAUAAAGAAGUUUGUUCAGAGUAAAGUCUGCGGAUUAUCAAGAGAAACCAGAUCAUGAUUUCUGGAAAGACGUCACAUUUGACAGACAAGCAGGAUCUCUUUGGUCAACUCCAACCAAAACAACCCAGAUGUUUAAACACUGCAGGUAAGAGUGAAAUAUGCAUUUUAGAUUUUGUGAUGAAAUGCCCCUUUAACAUUAAAGCGUCCUUGUGAUGCAGACAGCAGCUCGAGCUCGGAUCUGACCUCAGGACAGGUCUCGCGGGGUUGCGCUCUGUCAGGCAGCAUUAACCCCCCCCCACACACACACACACACACACACUCAAACACACACACUGGCCCCCGCAGACUAAUCACAGUCAACAAGUGCGGGAUGAAUUCAUAUCCAUGAUGCGGCUCUGAUUGUUUUUGUAAGCGAUGCAUCUCCAUCAGAAAGGACAACAAAGAGCUCAUUAUGCUGCUCGUUGCUCGGCAACUCGGCGGCUUCCCUCUCCACUAUAAAACACAGCGGAUGGGUUUGUUUUGUCCGCAUCCGGACCCGCUGCACGCUGUGGAGAGGAUGACAUCCCCCCGAUGAGCUUCUGACCCACUUCAGAGUCAUGCUCAAGGCUCAGGGGAAGUCCAGCGGGCGAACAGGCACCAAGAUCCUCCUGGAGGCGAUGUCCAAGGAUAAAGUCCACCUGGCCAGGUUCGUUCUGGACGCGCUGGAUGGAGAGAUCGUGGACUCGAGGACAGAGGGCGCACAGACCCCCCUCAUCUCUUCGAUCCUGCUGCCCGACAGCCACACUCGGUGUAAGUUUGUGGAGCUUCUGCUGCAGAGAGGGGCCAACGUUAACUGUCAGGACGGUGACGGACGCACGGCGCUCAGCCACGCCUGUGAGAGAGGCAACCUGGAUGUGGUGAAGAUCCUGGUCCGAAGCGGCGCGGACCCGGAGAUCGUGGACGCCUGGGGGAACACCGCGCUGAUGUACGCCGCGGUGGAAGGUCACUCGCCUGUGGUUGAGUUUCUGGUGAGAGCUUUCAAGAGGCUGGGUCUGCAGAUACACCGGCAGAACAAAGUUGGCAACUCUGCGGUUGCGGUGGCGAAGUUUCUGGGCCACACAAAGUGCAUCUUCGCGCUCACCAACAACUCCAAGAAGGGCCGCGAGGCGGAGGGAGGCGCUCGGGGUGACGCGCAGCAGCGACUCCAUCUGGGAGGCGGUGAUGUAGGAGACAAGUUCGAGACGGAAGUUGGACACUUGGUGAACAAACUCGAGUCGUGUCAUCAUGCAGAUUGCCAACUGGCUCAAAGCUGCACCUGGAGACUGAGGCCGCGGAUGAAGCCCAGUCGGCUGCCGUCGAUGGGCUCCAUAGAGGAGUUUGACAGAGAGAAUGAAAGCUCCUCCUCACCUCCACACCAGCUCGUCUUCUCCGGAGUCCUAACACCUAAACCCCCUCCGCGGUUUCCCGACCAUUCUCCAAACUCUACUCAUCCUAAACCCGGGGAGAGGCUGACCCUCUCUGAUGAUCGCCUCCCGCCUCUUAUCCAGAGCUGUGAGCCUCACAAAUCUAUUUCCCCCUCACCCAGACCCAGCAGACCCAAACCCAGCGCGCCCUCUGCCCUGGGCAUCCUUCUGACUCCCAUUCAUGCCAGAAAAAGUGAGAACUACCCAGAGGCAGAAAAAUCCAAAAUCCCAGAUUUCGGUGUGCGCAGAUUUCACGACAGCUACUAUCAGAAAAGAUGCAGCCUGCCGACCAGCGUCCUCAGCCCGACGCCUCCGGAGCGCACACUGGCGCCUCUGCGUAAAUCCAAAACCGUGAAGAGGCGCGAAGCGUCUCCCUGCAAGGCUGAACCUGCUCAGGUCACCGCGCCAGCUGCAGCUGCUUCAACCACGACCUUCUCUGUGUUGAGCAACAAACUCUUGCGUAGAUUUACCUCCCCGGAGUUCAAAAGGGACGUGAGAGAGUUGGAGGAGGAUUCUCUGUCGGCUUCAGCGCAGAUGCCGCGAUCUGAAACUUUCCCUCUGGGCGUCAGACAUCCCCAGGUGGGCAGUAAAGCCAGCAUCGACAGCAUCAGCUCCGUCAAGUGCGAGUUUGACUUCCAGUUCAAAAAGACGAACUUUUAAAAACGACAGUGCGUCAUGCGUAAAGAGAGUUAAUGAUUACCUACGUAUCUUAAAAAACAUCACGUUACUUUUAGACCUAGUUGCAUCAGAGAUCAUCUGAUACUGACUCCUCCUCUCCAAGGUGUUUCUGGACAUCUUUAAAUACUUUUCUUGCGAGUGAUCAGCGCGUCCAGCAGCGUCGACCUCUCAGCACCGCUCUGCAAAACUUUCUCCCAUCUGACAUCCGGACGUCAUCAGCUGAAGGACAGAGGCAGAUAAAAACGACCCUAAAGCCUUUAACUAUCUCUAAAUAACCUCAAUUUUUUUUAAAAAAAAACGUGCGUAAACUACGUGCGUAAACGUCAGCAGCUGCCCGGCUGGAUGCAGCUCCACAGUGAGACGCAGCGUCUAACUUUGGCUGUGUGUGGUUGCUCCUGUGUUCUGCUGC